GGGAGUAAGAUCUAUAAGGAGGCAUAAUGAUAUUUGCCAGCAUAGCGGACGGUCAGAUCCAUGAUUCUGAGAUAUUACGACUGGAUGUUUGGGACAAACUUGUCAUCCUGGCCGCUAUCGGUCUCUUCUUUGCCCUCGUUAUCCUGUGUAUGGUCUGUGCAUUGUCGCCAUUUUGCUGGUUAUACAACAUUUGUCCCUUCCAAUACGACAAACAACCACAAGUAUCACCGUACCCGUCAUCCGGAUACGGGGCUACCCAGUAUGCUGUUACCAAGGAAAAACCAUUGAAGGGGAAAAGGGGCCCUCUGAGGUCGAUCAAGGAAGACUACUCGUCAGAAUGGUCAGAUUCCAGUGGACCAACCAUCAUCGAGUUGAAAAGGACCAGCGUCCGCAGUCCUCCGACUUUUCCUGACUCGGAGUUUGCAGACCAGCCUCAUGCCGUUCUCAACUCAGCUGAUAUAGAGUUCUCUCUCAAAUAUGAUCCACUUGAGGGAAAGCUGUUUUUAAAAAUUUUACAGGUUAAGAAUUUGUCGUUAAAUGAUGCCAGUGCAGCAAUUUCUCCGUAUGUUCGAGUCAGAUUUUACAGAGCGCCUAAACAGCUGUUUAGUUUCGGGAAGGAGUAUGUUAUAAAUAACCUUGAUAUGGAAGUUCAAACUAAAAUGCAAAAGGCGAGCGAGAAUCCCGUGUUUAACGAGACUUUCUAUUUGGUUGUGGAUCAGAGAGACCUGCCUCUUUAUACUGUGCGAUUACACCUCUGUGACUUUGAUAAGUUCUCCAGGCACAUUCUCCUCGGGGAGACAACCGUCAUCAUUAAAAAAAUAGACUUACCGGACGCAACGGAAGUGACGUACACGGAGAAACUGGAACUUCCUGAAGAGGAGGACCUCGGCGAGAUCUGUUUAGGAAUGAACUACCUUCCGACAGCUGAGAAAUUGUACCUGACGGUGGUACGGGUCCGUGGGCUCAAAGCAAUGAAUAGGACGACCAAUACCACAGAUGCCUAUGUAAAGGUUGUUCUGAUGCACGAAGGGAGACAACUGAAAAAGGUGAAGACCGUGAUAAAACGAUCCGAUUUAAACCCAGAAUAUGACGAAACGUUUGCAUUUGAUGUGCCAAGUCAGGAGCUAAACAAUGUUUACUUUUGUGCCGCUGUGAUACAUGCAAAUAAAGAGCAGAGGCAACAUAGACUCAUCGGACGGAUGUAUCUAGGUCCGAGUUUCAGUACAGAUGCACAUGCGCACUGGGUUGAAAUGACACAGAAUCAACGGAAACAAGUCACGUGCUGGCAUAGACUUCAUUGUUAAAGUGAUUUAAACCUAGACGUCCAUUUCAGAAACCAUGUCACAAAGUUUGAACAGAAUUCAGAACUAAAGAGAAACAGAAAA